CCCGCUCGCCCCCUUGGCUGCUGGGGCGGUGGAGGCUCUCGACCAUCACCUCUGCGACUGGAUGAACGAGCAGUUCCUCGAGGGGCUCGACCACUGGCGCGGGUCCGACCUGAUGGCGGCGAUAGCCUGGACCAUCUCCAGGCUGGGGAAGGGAGGUCAGUUGCCGCUCCCUCGAGCGCGCCAGGCGCUGGAGGGUUGGCGCCGCCUCGCCCCCGCCGCGAGCCGCCUGCCGCUGCCUGCCGAGGUGGUGUUCGCCAUCGCGAUGGAGCUGCUGGCCUCCCAGCGCUGGGACCUAGCGAUGAGCUGGCGCAGGGCCGCGCGCCACAGGAGCCGCUGUUCGCCUUCAGCCAGGCGGAGUUCGCGAGGAGCUUCAAGCUGGCAGGCUCCAGGCGGCUGCUCCAGAAGCCGCCGCCGCCGUGCAUCCUGCGGCACGCGGGCGCGAGUCGCGACUUCGCCGAGCAGAGGCGCACGCUGGCGGGCGCGAGGCGCCGAGGGCGCUGGCGGACGGACGCCAGCGCGAGGAGGCACGAGAAGGGGGGCCGCCUCGGCAGCGAGUUCGCCAAGCUGCCCGAGCGCCUCCGGACCCACGCGCGGUGGUGCUUGCAGCACCUCCCCGCGGCGCUCUCCGGCUCGCUGCCGCCUCGCGCGUUCGGCGGCCGCUGA